AUGGAGAUCCUGGUGGACAAUAUGCUGUCUGGAAAUAAUGACCGAAAAUCCCGCAAAGCUGUGGCCAGCAUCCAGGAGGAGACCUUGAAUGACAGAGUGGAGUUCUUAUUCUGUGACCUGGCCUCAAUCAGCUCGAUCCAGAACUUCGUCCAGCAGUUCCUGGCCAAGGGGCUGCCUCUUCACGUCCUCGUUAACAACGCGGGCGUGAUGAUGGUUCCCCAGAGAACCACGCGGGACGGCUUCGAGGAGCAUUUCGGUCUCAACUACCUGGGUCACUUUCUGCUGACCAACCUCCUUCUGGACACACUGAAAGCGUCGGGCCAGCCUGGCCACUGUGCCCGCGUGGUCACCGUGUCCUCGGCCACCCACUACGUCGCCGAGCUGAACCUGGAUGACCUGCAGAGCAGCUGGGCAUACUCACCCCACGCGGCCUAUGCCCAGAGCAAGCUGGCCCUGGUCCUCUUCACCUACCACCUCCAGCACCUCCUGACCGCCUCAGGGAGCCCCGUCACUGCCAAUGCCGUGGACCCCGGCGUGGUCAACACCGACCUCUACCGCCAUGUCUUCUGGGGCACCAGGCUGAUCAAGAAACUGCUUGGCUGGCUCCUGUUCAAGACGCCCGAGGAAGGGGCCCGCACAUCCGUGUACGCGGCUGUGGCCCCUGAGCUGGAAGGCGUCGGCGGCCGCUACUUGUACAACGAGAAGGACACCCCGUCCCUGAAGGUGACCUAUGACCAGCGGAUGCAGCAGGAGCUGUGGGCCCGGAGCUGCCGGCUGACCGGAAUCCAGGACUCCAGCAUCGUCCACCAGGAUGAUGUCCCAGGACAGGCGCGUGUGUCAGAGUGCACAGCUCAGGCCGCUGACCAGCAAGACAAGGAGAAGCUGGGUGGAUGCGGGAGCAGGUGGACGGAGGGGUCAGCCUUGUCUGCCUCCCAUGACUGA